GUCUGCAGUGGACACUGGUCACUGGAAAUGGAAAGUGGCAAAAACGUCAGCAACUCACGUCGGUGGUCCGCGUCGCACCUAUUGAGCGUGAAGAUGAAGACUUCUUCACUGAAGUGUUUCCUGUUGAAAAAAAAAGACAAGAAUAAUUUACUAGUGAAUCGAAAUCCAAAUGUUUUCUAUUAGCUUACUUAGCCGUUAUUGAUGGAAGGGCCACCAGUUCUUUACAAGCUGCGAAGUUGAUGCAAGACUUGACUGCCGGCCAGUUCUUGAAACUAUGGAUUCUCUUUCGGAUCGUUAAAACAUGUUGAAUAAAUCACAUGAUAGUUUUCAAAAGCAGUGUGUGGAUAUUUAGGAGUUAACCGCGGUGUCGUUUCAUAUGUCUAUAACGAUGUGGGCGGCCAACAGCAUGAAUUUAAUAACCAAAUCUGUCACGAGAGCUGCACUUUGCUAGAGCAAUGGACAUGAUCGGAGUGAGGAUUGAAUGAGCAAAGUAGAUAUCGUUAAAGCCACGGCAGCCAGACAAAGAGAAUCUACCGGCUGUUUACAAGGCAAUCCAUUGUUUGAAGUCUCUUUGCAUUCGGAUAAGAAACAAUGCAACUCUAGAACAACCAGAGAACAACCAACUAUUGCCGGUCUGGAGCAAAUGAUUUGUCCUGAAUCCACUCUUCUAUUCCUAUAUUUGCAUUCUGCCAUCCGCUUGGAGCAAAGGCUGGAAUCCUGAGCUAAAUUUGGAUGUCGAACAUAUCACAUUGGAUCUACCAAUAAUCCCUUCACAUUUUCUGCAUGAUGAAGUUGUUUUAAAAGAAUUCGUUUUCCGAAUCGAGCAAAUUAGCUGGAUUACCAAAAAGAAAUUUGAAGAAAUUCGGAUGACUUCUUGGCAUUUUGAACUUACACAAUGAGGAUCAAGUGAGACCCGAAGAACAAGCAAGCGUCAUCCAGGCUACAUGUGAAACUGUGCGAGCUCUUACAAUGGUGCUUCAAAAACAUCUACCAUUUAAGACGCCAAGAUCUGUGAAAAAUAAUGAACUAGACAAGCCUCCUGAGUUCACGUCAACUGAAAGGGGCAAGAAGCUGAAAGAACUCUGCAAUUUGCUAGAAGAAGAUUACACGAUAUCAUCUUCCUGCAGUUAUUGGCUCAAUCGUCACUCCUUCAGACACAUUCAAUAUAAUAUUGAUCAAGGUUCACCAUCCAAAAAGAAGGCUACUAGUCCAGAAGAUGUUACAGAUAUAGAUAUCCAAUCCUGUGUUCGCUUCUUAGUGGAUCUCUACUCACAGUGGCUUCAGAAUUCGAAUACGCCGUACCCGCUGCUAGUGGACUUGUUUCAAUCCCUAGUGCACAUAUCAAACUUCUUUGUCGAUGUUCAACAGUUUGAGUGGAUGCUGGAUAACUCCUUAACCUUACAUAGGCAACUUCUUCCUGAUGAUCCUGCGAGCUUAGAGUCCGCUUUAGUAGGGUGCAUCUUGAAAUCUGCUUCUUUUAUACCAAUGAAUAUGGAAUACUGAGAAUUAGUAAAAAAGCACUGUGAAACCGCAUUGAAUUCCCAGCAUAUUUCCACGCGAACUAGUGGAUUAAAUGGUCUUUUGUAUCUACUUCAAAAGUUUGCCAGAAAUCCAGAUCUUGCUCGUACAGGCACUCUCGUCAACCUGGCUAUGGAUUAUGUCGGUAAAUGUCUCAGCCCUGAACACAAUGGUCCGACCUGGCAUCAGUCCUUCGUUUGGUCAAUAGCGUUCUAUUGCGGCGAACAUUUUGCAGUAUUGCCCUAUCAGAAUUAUGCUGUCGUCGAUUUUGUUGUUCAGUGCGCUCUUAGUAGGCUUGUGCAAAACGAACAACAAUCAAACGAGGUCCCAAAAGAAAUUUUACAGGGAUUAGAACGGCUGAGCAUUCUAGGCGUAUUGACUCCGAUUUGGCGAACGAAAGUUAAAAAAGAGGUUCUCAAUUUAAUACGCAAUGUUGAUUGUGAUUGGAUUCUACAGCCAGCACUACGAACUCUGCUGUCAUUAGUCUAUUCAGAUUUUGGUAGCCAAUUGUAUAAACCUGGAGCAGAUCCUGAAACGAUGCUCGCCGCUAUGGAAUGGGUGGGCGCCCUGUUCCAACGAAUGAAGCGCGGAACAGAUCUAGAGGCGGAGCUUUUGGGGCGAAUUAUGCCCGUCAUAACCUGUGAUAUUUUCCCACCAGCAGACAUCUUGAAUCGUAUUUUAAGUGAAUUUAUAACGGCAAGACCCACAGUUGCCUGUUGUUUAACUCCAACCAUUUUCAAAGUUUUUGGAACGGCACGUACUCAAGGACAACAAAGUUUAGUCAUGGAGUGGAUUCUCUUAAGCCUCAGCAAUUUUACCAGGACGCCUAGCGACACAGCGAAUGAUUCGAUCUGGAAUAUUUUAUGUUUUUUCACCGCAGCCUCCAACAACCCAUGGUUGCAGUCAGUGUUUCCUCUCAUAAACCGCCCGGUAAAUCAUAACGAUUCUUUAGUGGAAGACGUAUUUGUUGCAUCUGCGCUGGAUUUCAACUCUCAGCUUGAUGAUCAACAGCGAUCCACAUUAGUUUCUAUCUUUUAUUCUGCGAGAGAAAAAAGUUCAUUUUUUGCCGCUGUUGAUGUUGCCCUAAAACGCUUGUGAUUCCCAUCGGGGAUGCUAAUAUUGAGUCUCGUGUUUUCAAAACACGCAUAAAAUAUGAACGAAUGAAUCACCCGAUUAAAUUGCAUAGUUACUUAGAUGUAUCCUCCUGUCCUUAAAAGUUACGCUAUAUUCUAAUAUUCUAUAUUGUUGCAAUGAAAUUUUCAGUUCCUAUAUUCAUCUAAAUUUAAUGUUUUCCCCUUUAUAGAUGGUAUAAAAAUUAUCAUUUGUGUUA